GAUAAUGCUAGUUGGAAAACUCAAUAACUGUGUUAAUAGAAUGACAUAUAUGAAUAAUUGUAUUUCAAAUUUAAAAUAACAAUUUUGAAAAACACCUUGUUCAACAAAUUCGAUUGAAUAUGAGUUAAACAGAAUAAAAAGUAAACAGUAGCCUACCGUAAAAAUGCAGCGUGAAUGCAAUGACUGAAACGCAUGUUAGUUAUUCGUUUGUGAAAGGCGACGGUAUUUCACUGUGAAAAUAAUUAUUCACUGAAUUAUAUUAUGUAGUAGAAUAGUCUCUUAUAAUAGAAUAUUUGACUAGUUGGUAUUUCAUCAAGGAAAACCUGAAAGAGCAUAAUUAUGUAUUAUGUUGAAUAAAAAAGAUGACUAGUUCUUAUAUCCAACCAACUUCUAGUUCAAUAACAACUUUUUAACCAGUUAACGUUCAUUAACGAACAGUUCCAUAAUUGAGUUGAGUGACCGUCAACGAUCCUUCACAUCUUGAUAGUAGUACAAAAGCAUACCAUAAUACAAUUUUCAUCGAAGUAGUUUUUUGUUGAAAAAAGGGUUUGGUUGCGUUGAUCAACGACAAAAAUCUUCUUUGUGCAAUAACGUUGAAACUAGUUGAAAUUUUGCUGAACUGUUUUGCUACAUUGAUCAACGACGGUGUUAUAGUAGUGAUAGAAGCGUUUGUGCGCCGAAGCGAGGUGAGUGAGAGAGAGCACAGAAUAACGAUCGGUUUUGUUGGGGGAGGGGUUUUAAUAAGUAUGAGGGGUUUGUAGUCAUCAAUGCCAGUCCAAGCUUACAACUCUGUAGACCACAGUAUGUUUGUUAGUGAGUUAGCGAGCGGCGUGUUUAAUUCUGAGGUGACACGUUUGUCCUAACUUCUAGUUAGAUAACAAGACGUCUUCCAAGAAAUCAGUGUACCGUGUUUUGAAUUGGAGAAGAUAUGGUAUUGAUCGGGUGCGAUACUAGCACCAUCUGUAAUAUGCUUCCGUAAAGUGACAGUUGCAGUGAUCAGGGACUCAUCUCAACCCUCAAUCCUUCUCACUUCAAUACGUUUCAAUACUUGACACUUCAAUAAACAACUAUUAAAAAAUUCAACAUUAUUUGUUCUGCAAUGAGUCCCGACCACUUCACCCUCUGCUACUCACAUAUGCACAUAAAUCGGUGAACCACUAACUUCGCUACACUAUAAUGUUCUUUACCACCUCAUGUUGUCCCGAUAAAAUUGGAAUCGGUGUUAAAUUUAUACCUAUUAAUCGUCAGUUUAAUAAGAGUUUGGUGUCUGGAUUAGCAGCUGUUUCACAACAGAUACUACACAGGGAGAAAAAAGGAGGAGGAGGAAUAAGAAUAGGAGGGGGCGGAGGAGGAAGGAAAGGCAACCAUGCCAGGGCUGGUAGCAUUUCGACGAAGAUGGAGUGUUGGAAGCGACGAUCUCGUCGUGCCAGGGGUUCUUCUCUUUCUAGUCCACUUCAUAUGGCUGAUUGUACUGUGCGGUGUUCUGUAUGUGGUGGAAUUUGAUCUGAGCAUGCGCUGUAUAUGGAUGCUAUGGCAGCAUUGUUUGGGAUAUGCUCUCAUCCUACUCGGAUCAGCUGUUCUAGAUCUCAUGAUCUCAUUUGUGGCCAUGCGAGGCGGCAUUCUUGAAGUUGAGGCACGAGCUCCCAUGAGAUACCUCAUCUACUUGAGAUUGGGUGUAAUGGUAAUUGAGAUGAUAUGGUUGACAUUAGCUGUUAUAUGGCUAUCAAUUCAUUAUCAAGGCUGUCCAAUAGAGGGUGCUAAAGAAGUGUUUUUAGGUAUGGUGAUAUGCAGUUGGCUUGUAGUAUUAAGUGUGAUCUUAACAGCUUGGUGUGCAUUUGACAGUGCAGGCCGUUCUUGGGUCAAAAUGAAAAAGUUUCAAAGAUCAAUGAAAGAAUCCGAGUCGAGGUUCCAGUAUAAAAGAUCUGGAAAUCGAACAAGAAACUGGAGACAAAGGAAGGUGCUGCGUGCUUAUCAAGACAGUUGGGACCAUCGAUGUCGGCUACUUUUUUGUUGCAUGAGAAACUCGGACAGAAAUAAGAACUCAUUUGCAGAUAUUGCCCGUUUACUAUCAGAUUUCUUCAGAGAUCUAGACGUUGUUCCUUCAGACGUCAUUGCCGGUCUUGUUCUAUUGAGAAAAUUCCAAAAAAUUGAAAGAGAAGCCAUUGUCAGCCAGAGAAAGAAUGACACAUAUAGAUAUUUGUCAGGCGUGGCAGUCACAUCCAAAACAAGGUUUCUACCGUUGGGCGAUGCACAAUAUUACCAACAUUUCCAAGCCGUUAUUCACUACAUGCAUUAUGCCUUGGCAGCAUAUGGGUGGCCAAUGUUUCUUCUAACUCACUCCCCCACCGGUAUUUGUCAGCUAUGCACCAAACUCAGAUGUGCCUGUUUUUCGUGCUGUUGUGGUCACAAUGAGACAGAUGAAGAACCUGUAGUGGUGGAGGACAAUUGCUGUAAUUGCAAUUACGCAGCACUGCACAGUAUGGUGUCAGCCGGCGAUGUCUCCAUUGAAUAUGCCACUUACCAUGUGGACGUUGGGGAGACUCCUUUUUUCGUCGCCAUCGAUUAUAAGAGGAGAAAAGUUGUACUCAGUAUACGGGGCACUCUUUCAAUGAAGGAUGUGAUUACAGAUUUGAAUGCUGAAAGUGAGACAUUACCAUUGACACCACCCAGAGAAGACUGGCUAGGACAUAAGGGAAUGGUCCAUGCGGCUGUUUAUAUACGAGACAAACUGAGCUCUGAAAGUAUCUUGACUAGGGCACUGUCAACAAGUAUAAAAAAAAGUGGAGAACCUUUCAGCUUAGUUUUGGUUGGUCAUUCGCUUGGUGCUGGAACAGCUGCUAUUUUAGCCAUAUUACUUCGUCAGAGUCAUCCAGAUCUGCAGUGUUUCGCCUAUUCGCCACCAGGGGGUUUGCUAAGAUUACAGUGGAAAACAAUAUCAUGCAGUGUCCUAUGCUGCGGAUGUGCAGUAAUGCCUACAUCAGCGGUUGAAUUGAAAGCAGAUCCUUCGACAGUACAGGAGUACCAACGUGAGAAAGAUUCGGCGCGUGCCAUGGCCAUACAUCCCACUGACUCGUCUAUCGCUCUCACUCUCCAUCAGCCUCUCUAUCCUCCAGGCAGUAUCAUCCACGUUGUUCGACAUCAUCCCACUAAAACUGAGCAGCGAUAUGAGAAAAAGUGGAGACAAGUUUUGAAAAAACAUGAUCCUGUCUACCAAGCUUUAUGGGCAAACAAUACCGAUUUUGACGAAGUUCUAAUUUCGCCAGUCAUGAUUCAAGAUCACAUGCCCGAUAAAGUACUGGAUGCACUCAAUAAGGUUAUAACAAGCCUGGGCCCUGCAAAGCCUCAACGUGUGGUAAACAACAAUAACAACAACAACAAUCAGCCGCCAAUGGACGCCGAGCACUGCCAUCUUCUGGCGGGAUCUAGCACCACUACACCGCCAGCCCCACCUCCGCAUCGUCUCUGUCUCGAAACCAGCUUCACAUCACUCAAGCAAAAGCCGUGUUCCGCCUCCGCAACUGCCGUCCCCGAAAGUCUCAGCACCGCUGAUUCCAAACAUCUUCCCUGGGAGUUCGCAUCACUUGUGCCGCAAAACUCGUCUCAAAUCGACUUGAUACACGACGAUUGGUUCGGAUUGGCACCUCUGGCUACACCCGAGUCAUUGUCGGAGGUUUCAAGUAUUAGUUCUAGAGCAAGUGGCAUGGUGACAGGUCAGCAUGUGACAAUGGUCAGUCAUGAACACAAAAUAUUGAGGUUUCCCCACCGUGCUACCGCCUCGAAAAACAGUAGCAGCGAUCGUUUUUUCAGUGCCGAGAGUUUCGGUAGUGACAAUGACAACAAGCGAUGGGGUCGCGUCUUCCCCGAGGUGGUGACAGAGUCCACUGAGUCAUCACCACUACUCAGCAGUCUGCAUCUACUCUCUGAUGAGCGGUUCGCUCCUCUCAUGAAGGGAAUCAGUAGUAGCGGCCAGAUCAGCAUUUCUAGCGGCAGUUUCGAAUCGGCCAGCUGUACCAAAGUCGAGGAAGAAAACAACUCUUCCACCACUACCGACUCUGUCCUGGUCAACGCCGAGGUUCACGAACCCCAGAUCGACGAUAGACCUCCGCAGCUAUGGACUGAAGAGAUCGACCUUCUCGAAGACAUCGAGCAGAGUUUAAAGUUAACUUGCAACAUAUCUGGCUUCCGGGAUUCUUUGAAACGGGAGUCAGAGUUCUCUAGUAGAGAGCAUUCAAACGCUUCUCCUUCUGAAGAUAAUGAUAAGAACAAGUUCAUGUAUCCGAUACUUUUUGUGGGUCAUGGAGAGAGUAGUGUCUGAAUGCGUUGAUUCAAUAAUACCACAUUUAUUGUAACCAGUCUUGUUUUUGUAAAGAGUGCAUAGGUGAUAUUGUGGUAGAUAUUCAUUUGGAGGACUUGAAAUUGUCACAUUUCAUUGAUUCCUAUAGAUCAAAGUAAGUGGUCGUCAACUUAUUUAUCAUGAAAUGAGUAGUUUUCCACAUACUUAUCAUUAAUAAGUAGGUAGUUGUCUGCUCAGUUUUAUAAAAUGAAUAGACGUUCAUUAUUUUUUUAUAAAAUGAGUAAGUGUUCAUUCAUUCCUAAUAAAAUAAGUGUUUGUCCUUCAAUUAGAAGUGCUUGUCCAUAGAAUAAAGUGAGUUCCAUAAUUAUUUUGCAAAAAUGUGGUUGUCCACAUUUUUCUUUCAAAAUAAGUGGCUGUGUCUAGGACAUUUUUCAAGUCUUCUUAUUGAAUAUGUUUGAUUCGUUCAUGAUAUUUAUCACGCAGUGAUUUAAUAUAGCACAAAAAGUAGGUAAUACCAGGUUAAAUCACAACCACAUCAAUUAUUCCUUAGCCAAGUUACAAAUCCUCAAUUACCAAUAUCAAUUGAAGAAUCAGAAUAUCCAUGAAAAUGUCUAUUCUUUUCCAUACUACACAAAAUACUAUUCUUUAUCAUUUUAUGCUCUGUGAAAUGUUUGCCAAUAUAUUUUAUAUUCUGUAAUAUUAAUAAGGAGAAUUUUACUUUUACAAGAGUUCAUAUAUUUCUUUUGAACGGGCGCGUUUCAAAACAUUAAGCACCACCUCCAGCAGAUGAUCUGAUACCAAGGUAUGAUCAAACACGGCAUAGUAACAACAGAAAAUUCAAUAAAUCUUAAGAAAGUAUGUUAUUUUAUAAAAAUAAUAGUUUUUAUUAAUUGAAAGGUAUUUUACUAUCGUAAUAUAAACUAUUUAUUUAUAUAUUUGAUGUGUGUUGAAUGUAUUUACACAAAUUCUGCACCACAUUACCAUUAGAUAAUUAAAAAUGUAUGAUAAUUAAUGUGGUUGUGACAGUGGCCAGUUCUGUCAAUAAUCAGUAUUAUGAACGCUCACCACGAUAAUUGAAGUCGAAAAUGAACGUCAUUUAUUACUUUUUUAUAAGCCUCCUUGUUUAUAAUAAAUGUGGUUGUGACAAUAUUUAGUAACAAUGAUCAAUUAUAAAUAUGCAUUAUAAAACGUAAUACUAGACGAUGUUGAAAUCAUAUUUCUCAUGGACAGUUUUGUUCAUAAUAAAUGUGACUUGAAGAACACCUUGUAUUAUUGUUAUAUUCAGCACAAUAUCGGUAUCACCAAUGCGAAUAAAGGCAGUGCUUUCUCCUUGGCUCUCGCAUUCUGACACCAAUAAUAUAUAUUAGCUGUGUGAAUGUGGCAUUAAAUCUUGUGAAAAUGUGUUUUUAUACAUGGAAUGAAGAAUAUCUGAUGUGGAUAAGAUCAUAAUAUUAUCUCAAACAUUGUUACAUUAACGAUGAAUCUAUUUUAAAAAUCGUUCAGUAUUUGGUAUGUAUAUUUAUACCACGUAUUUAAUAUAUACACGGUCAUUUUAUAAGUAUGGAAUGUAAGAAUGAGCCACAAUGCGAGUUUGUUUUCAAUAAUUUCUUCAUCGAAUAGUCUUAAAGUGAACAUAUGAGACCUAUCACACUUGGUACCUACAUUUGCAAUGUAAUGAGCAACCAUACAAGAAUUUUUAGUUUGAAUUUAUUCAAUUCUAUAAACUAAUCUUGCAUCAUUUUUAAUCAUUUAAGUAGCAGAAAUUAAUCGACUGAUAAGUAAUACAUUAUGGCUCUUUUAUUUUUAUCAUAUUCCACUUUUUUAUAAUUAACAUUGCUUCAUGAUUCACGUAUCAUGGCUAACUCAUAUCAACGAUAUUACGCUUCAUACAGUAUUGGAUUUUUGGAAAGGUUGUUCAAAUUUUCUAAUGCAUAAUAGGGAUGGGUAGGUCUGCUGGAAUUAGACAGUCGGUAAUAUAAAAUUCCAAGCUCUAUUUCAUUCUUUGAAUAAAAUAUCAACAUUAAUUUACUGCAGUUAUCUUUCUGAUCUAAAAAAUACAUCAUUAUUGUUCAAAACCUAAUUUAUUCGAAUAUCUAUCCACCAAUGUUUUCAAUAAAAUAGCUGUCACUAAUAAUAUUCUAUUUAAUGCUUCAUGUUAAUCUUAAAUAUUCGAGAAACUCAUUUUACGUCAAUCAGAUUGUAUAAUAUUUGUCUCUUAUAAUGUUUUAGUUUUCCACUUGCCAUUGAGUCUCUCUACUUAUUAUUUUUUUUAGUUUUUUCAUGUUCUAGAGGACAAAUGCAAUUAUUUUAUAAUUAUUAUAUUGUCAGGUAUGAGAACGUUUGACAUGAUACAUUAAAAUCUUACUUUACAUUCAAUUAUUAAAAACGGUAUUAACUUUCAAAACUUUGUCUUGAAUCCUAUGUCCAUGUAUGUAUUUCACAAUGAACUUCAAAACGGACAUUUUUUUCCCAUUGUCUGUUCUUAGGCUGUGAAAUUCUGUUCCAUUCCUAGUCGUGUAUCUCAGCAUUAAACUUUUCGAGUGCAUGAUAAUUUAUAAUAGUGCUCUCUUCGUUGAUAUAUUUUAGAAAUUAAAUAAAUAUACAUUUAAAGGGGUUUUAUGGAUACUGGUAUCUGGAAAAAUAAUUGCACCAAUAACUUGUUCCGGUAAUCAUGAAGUGCAUAUUGAUGAUGAUGAUGAUGAUGAUAAUAAUAAUAAUAAUAUGUUUGUAUAAUAAUAUUAUACAAGUAUAUUAUAUUAAUAAUAUAACAUGUUUGUAGUUUCCUAGCAUAAUAUACAACAUUACUUAUGUUCUCAUUAGAUUGCAAAGGUGGAAACCAUAUUUAUUCAUCAAAUAAAAAUGAUAAUCUUCAUCUAUUUCAUUCAAUUAGAAUUUAAUUUGCAUUGUGGUUCGUAGAAAUAAAAGCCACUAUAAAAUAUUAUGGCUUUUGUGGCAGAUCCAACAGAUAAUUUUAGAAACUUUUCUGGUGUUUGGAAUGUUUGUAAGCUAUCUUACAUAGCAGUAUUAUUUUUAUUCCGACUCGGAAGUUUUUAUGGAAGACGUUUUUAUGAGAUAUUUUACCUGAUUAGGUGUGUUUAUUGCUAAAAAUUUGAUGAUAUAUCAGUACUAUUAAUAUUUAGAGAAUUACUCUUCCAGUCAGUAAUCUCAUAAUCAUAUGAUAAUGACAUUUGAACUGAUGCUUUUUCAUCUUUCCUGCAACAUGUAUCCAUCAUUUUAGUUAUUGUUUCGCAAGUGAAUCGAAUUUGCUUUACUUUGAUUUAUGAACUGUUUUAAGACUUUUUGUCUACUUUAAGCAGUUCGAGUUCUUCCGAGAUUGAAUACUUACUUACUUACUUUAGUUGGCUCUACAGUCCUGGGUGGACCUUGGCCUCCUCAACACAAUGCCUCCAAUCGUCUUUUCUCUAUGAUCUUUGCCGCCAGUUGUUGGAUACGCCCAGCACACGCAGAUCACCUAUCACAUCAUUUAUCCAUCUCGUUCUCGGUCUUCCUCUCUUUCUCGUCCCCAUCAUUCGUCCAUCCAGCAGUCUAAGUUGUGUCCUUUCCAUAUUCAUUCUCACCACAUGUCCAAGCCAUUCCAUCCUUCUUGCCUUAAUAAAUCUUACAAUAUCUCCUUCCCCUAUAGCCUCAUCGAUUUCGCUGUUAUGUCUGUUUCUCCAAACCCCUCCAUCACAUAGUGGUCCACAGAUCCUUCGAUACAUCUUUCUCUCGAAUGACUUCAGUGCUCUUUCAUCCCUGCUCAGCAGUGUCCAUGUCUCUGCUCCAUAUGUCACAACCGGUCGGACUAACGUCUUGUACAUUUUCACUUUAGUUGCUCUUGAUACUAUUCUACUCUUAAAAAUCCUUUGAUUUGCAAAAUACGCUCGAUUGCCCAUCAUAAUUCUGCUAGAAAUUUCUUGGCUAGUCUUAUUGUCGGCUGUCAGUGUAACUCCAACAUACUUAAACUCACUGACACCUUCAAUGCUGCAGUCAUCUGAUAGUAUCAAGUUGUCUACGUGCCUUCUUAUUUCAUUUGCAGACAUUCUCAUAUACUUAGUCUUUCCAAUAUUAAUUUCCAGACCCAGCUCCCUUGCUUCCUCUUUCAUUGUGCUGAAAAUCUCUUUCAACUUAUCGCGAUUCCUUGCUAUCAGCACCACAUCAUCCGCAUAGGCCAGUAUUUGACUUGUUCUGUUAAGUAUUGUGUUACUUGUACCUAUCUUCUGGAGUAUUGUUUCAAGCUCCGCGAUUGAAUAAUAGUCUCAAAUGCUCAGUUUAGAGCUUAAGACCAACAAGUGUAUUCACGAUAGAUAUUUUCAAUCUGAAUUUACUUGUUUUCCUUGCAUAAUCUCACAGAAAAUUGUGGAGGAUCAUCACGGACAGUGGAAAGCGUUCAUUCACAUCAUGUGAUGAAUUAUACAUCAUGUGAUUCAUUGUCAAUAAUUAUUACUCUUGCAUCUUUCGAUCUUCCCUUUUUCAUAUCGUUGUACUUCUAUAGAAUUUUUUUGGAGCUCUUUAUGAGCCCAUCGAUGGUUUCACAACACCAUGUAGACUGUUUUUAUUUAUUGUUAUGUCUUCAGCAUAUUUAACUGUGUUAACAUUGAAUUCCAUGGUUUUAUGUAAAUCCAGUGUACCUGAUUUAUAAAUUCUGGAUAAGUUACCAUAGGGAAGUGUAAAAGGAAUAAUAAGUCAUAUUGACACGACUGUGCAUUUUCGUCAUGUACUAAUAUGUAUUCUAUACCUUGCAAAAUCUUAUUAUUACGCUUCAUUAAAGAAACAGAAUUGUAAAAUUGAAAUAACCAAUAACGCCUAUUGCAAAUUAUAUAAGAGACUUGUUUAUUAUUCUUGGUAUCCAGAAAAUAGACAAUUUACUUUUAUAUAAAUAGGUGAAUAUAUAUUUGUUAUAUUCUGUUUCUAAUUGCAACACCAGUUUCAUAAAAAAAUCUAGAUUAAUGAUAUAGAAAAUAACGCCAAAUUUUAAGUGAUGCUUACUAUUUAUAAUAUAGUCUUGAUAUUUCCUCCAUUUAUUCGAUCUUUUAUCAUUGUAGCUUAGUUCAAUUUGAUUAGCUUAGUUAUGCGUUUUCAUCUCUAUUGUAGAAUGCUGUCCACAAUAAGUCGUUAAAAUCAAUUAUCUACACUUAUAGGCAAACAUGGGUUGAAAAUCUGGCAUUAAUUCAAUUAAAUCCAUGUCUUCAAUGAAUUCACUUGAAAAGUGUUCGAACUGGUACGAUUCUCAACUAAGUCAAAAAAAUCAUUCAUUUCUUAUAGGAAAUUAAUAUGCCUAAUUUCCUUCAUCUGUAAUGAACCAUUUCAAUUGAGUUUUUGAUAUUUUUAUACAAUGUAUUUCGAUAGCAUUUUUUGUGGGAUUCCAUGAGAAUAUCAAAUUGGAUUUUUUGUAUAGUAUUAUUCACAUUUAUUAUUCUGAACAAUUAUUAAGAAGUUUCCUACUUCGUUAAGAAGACAGUGCCAGCUUUUGUGGUAAUAAAAUAUUCUAAUCUCUAGAUAUAGUUGCCGUAAGGUACCUUGAUUUGCUCAUUGAUCAUUCAGUUUCACAUGUUAUAAAAAAAAAUGCAUUUGUUUGGAACUUGGUACUUUGCACACAUGUCGUCAUAUUCACCACGUUACCUCAUUAUGGCAUUAUUGUCAACUAUCAUAUUACUAGUUAUUUUUCCUCAUCUAGUGACAAUAGAUUUUGUAAAUGUCCUGAUUCCUAUGACUUUGCCUUAUUUUCUUAAUAUGUUGUUGCUUCAAUUACUAUACCUAGAAAAGUAUCUGUAUUUAUGUCAAAUAUAUGCAUAUUUAUACUCGACGGCGUACACUAACCCACAAUCUCUUAUAAUAAAUAUUGUGUUGAAACUUUAACUUACUUAAAACUCUUCAAAUAACUUAAAUUCGAACGAAGGCUAAAUAAAUAUAAUUUUUUAAAUAAA